AUGGACUUUGGCAGUAUCUCCAAGUCUCACAUGAAGCGCAAGCAAUCGUCUUCCCUCCUUGCUGCGCUGGGCAAGCCCUCGCGCUCUUCCCCGGGGGGAUACACGGCCCCGCCGAGCGCGUACAUGCAGGGCUCGUACUCACCCUCUUUGACAAGCUCGGAUGAGAGCCACGACUAUACUCUUGGCGAGAGUAGUCGGGGCGCAGGCAGUAUCUACCACGGUGUCGGGAGGACCGUGAGCGGUUCAAGCACCAGCAGCGUGUAUGGCCGUGCGCAGGCGCCGAGCCAGAUCCCCCGCUCUGUUCGCCGCGUAGAAGACGUGUUUGUGCUCGUGCGCGAACGCGUCUUCCAAUGGUCAUACCUCAUGCAGUGGUAUAAUGGAGACCAGCCAUGGCUCAACACGGUACAUGUUGAGCGGAGUGCGCUCGAGGCCGCAUUAGGCACCAAACAGCUCGACACGCUCGCACGGCAAGAGUAUGCGCUCGGCCUCUCUCUUGCCGGACUAUUUGAUAUUGCUGGCGCGCAGGACUUUCUCCGCGCCGCGUACCAGCUCAUGGGCGAGUGGGAGCAGUGGUCGGAGCAAAGCGCAAACAGUGGUAAAGUUGUUGGACCUAUUCGUAACUUUUUCCGCCCACGACGGCCGGUACCGCGUCCCAGCGCUGCGCAGAGCACAUCGACGGCAGAGGUGACGAUUGCGUCAAUCGACGCGUCGUCGGACGCGUUCCUGGUCCUGGCCGUCAUGCCAUUCACACCCGACUACUUUCAAGUACACGCGUCGACUUGCUCCAUCAUCCGAGACGUGUACAAAAAGCUCCUGAACAUGCUUCUCCCAAAUGUUGCGGGCGCGCGCAACACGGACCCGGCACAUGGCACACUGCUUCACCCAUCCGCUUUCAUCAGCGUCCGCGGCAACGACACGGGUAUCUGGAGUGUAGCGACGGAUGCUGCGCUCUUUGGCGACAUGCCCAAGAACAGCGCGUUUGUCGGCGAGGGCCAGAAGCUCACACAGCCCGUCAUAGACCUCCUCCUCAAGGUCGACAGCAGGCUCAAGAAGCACUACUCGUCACUUGUGCGCGAUGGCGACACGAUCGCCCGCAGAGUCCUCGACGACGAGCUGUCUGCUCUCAACGCGAGCAUGACCACGGGCCCAGCGCUCCGGUUCAACCCCCCGAUACACCUCGAGACGGUUGCCUAG